GUGGAGAACAGCGGCGGCGGCUCCUCGGCCGUGGGGCAGUUCGUGUCUUUGGACGGUGCCGGUAAAACACCAUCAUUAGGAGGAGGAUUCCAUGUCAAUUUGGGAAAGGAAUCGCGAGCACAGACUCUCCAGAAUGGGAAACGUCAAAUUCAUCACUUGGGAAACCAGUUGCAACUCAACCAGCAUUGUCUUGAUACUGCCUUUAACUUUUUCAAGAUGGCAGUGAGCAAGCACUUAACCCGUGGGAGAAAGAUGACCCAUGUAAUUGCUGCAUGUCUCUACUUGGUGUGUAGAACAGAAGGAACGCCUCACAUGUUACUUGACCUCAGUGACCUUCUUCAGGUGAAUGUCUAUGUGCUGGGAAAAACUUUCCUUCUGCUGGCCAGAGAGCUCUGCAUAAAUGCUCCAGCUAUAGAUCCAUGUUUAUAUAUUCCUCGUUUUGCGCACAUGCUAGAAUUUGGAGAUAAGAACCAGAAGGUAUCAAUGACAGCUCUAAGAUUAUUACAGAGGAUGAAAAGAGACUGGAUGCACACAGGACGCCGACCAUCGGGGCUCUGUGGAGCAGCUCUUCUAGUGGCAGCAAGAAUGCAUGAUUUCCGACGUACUGUUAAAGAGGUUAUCAGAGUGGUCAAGGUUUGUGAGUCAACGUUAAGGAAAAGGCUUACAGAAUUUGAAGAUACACCAACAAGUCAGCUAACGAUAGAUGAAUUUAUGAAGAUUGACUUGGAAGAGGAGUGCGAUCCUCCUUCAUUUACUGCUGGUCAAAGAAAAUUAAAGAUACAGGAGCUUGAGAAAGCGCUGUCCAAAAAGCUUGAAGAUGUUGAAGGUGAAAUAUCAAUUUACCAAGAUGAAAUAGAGAAUGAAUUAGAAAAUAGUAGGCCAAAGGCAAAAGGAGUAUUUGCCAAUUUGACUAAAGAUGAAUCUGUAGAAGAUAAUACGGCUAGUGUAUUUGGAGAGGAGGAGGCAGAAGAUGAAGAACUGGAAGCAGCUGCUAAUCAUUUAAACAAAGACUUUUAUAAUGAACUUCUCGAUAAAGAUAGAUUAAAGAAAAAUGAAGGGAGAGAAUGCAAAAAUGGAAAUGAAACUCCUGUAUGGCCACCUGCACUAGAAUCUCUGCUUGGCCCACUCCCUACUGCUGCCAGCCUUGGGAUAACAGAGUCUAUACAAGACUGUAUAUCCACUAAGGAUCGAGACCACAAUCUCAAAGUGCUUUCCAAAGAUGAAAAUACAGGAGACGGUGAACUAGAUCUUAGUGGAAUUGACGACACUGAAAUAGAUAGGUAUAUACUUGAUGAAACGGAAGCUCAAAUAAAAGCAGAACUGUGGAUGAAAGAAAAUGCGGAUUAUUUGAAGGAACAAAAGGAGAAAGAAGCAAGAAUAGCAAAAGAGAAGGAGCUUGGGAUUUAUAAGGAACACAAGCCAAAGAAGUCUGCAAAAAAGCGGGAGCCAAUUCAAGCUAGCACAGCAGGAGAGGCAAUUGAAAAGAUGUUGGAACAGAAGAAAAUCUCAAGUAAAAUUAAUUAUAAUGUGCUAAAGGACCUGAACAGCAAAGGAAGUAGCACACCAAAGAAAGAGGAUGACAGCACCGAUGACAGCAGCAACACCAAGAAGCUGUCAAGAAGAAAAUCCACUGCCAGUAGGAAUAUAGCCAACACUGUAAACAGUAUGGGAAAAAGAUUAAGACCCUUGAUUUCUACACAACUAGCUAAAAAGGCUGCAACUGAAGAGGUAACCUUUCCAGAUUCACAGACAGAAGGGCCAGAGCUUGAAAAACCAGAGAAUGUUCUGGUAGAGAGUGGACCGGUAUCAUAUAACCAUGAUGAAGAAGUUGAAGAAGAAGAAGUAGAAGAAGAGGAUGAUCACUGCAUGAGUGCACUUCAGUUAAUGGGAGGAAAUGAUUACGGCUGUGAUAUGGACGAUGACGACGGUUAUUAGUCCUGUUUGCUUCCAAAGGAGAUGUAGUAAUUUUGUGAUUCCAAUGACUUUAUGAAUGGUGAAAGAAGCUGUCUGUGAUCAGCAGACAUAACUGAACAAUCCUGACUUUUGUAAAGAGAAUUUUAGUUGAGUGUUGAUUCUGGUCAGUUUACGUUGACCUAUAACCCAGCAAUAAAGUUUGGGUUUAUCGUACUUGAAAUUUUUUUGGAUCAUGUUUUGAGG